AUGAAGCUCUCUUACACUCUAAUUUUGGCUAUAAAUUUAGCCCUUUUCACUGCUAGUUCUGUUGCCACACCAAUUGGAAACAUAGGAAAUGGUGUUAUUAAUAAAAGAGGCGAUGAGGAUGAACCAAAAUUUCCUCCACCUCCUCCUGGUAAAUUUCCUGAUGGCCCCAAAGGUGGAGAUUUUGAUGGUCCAAAAGGUCCAAAGGGUAAAGAUUUUGAUGGUCCAAAAGGUCCAAAAGGUAAAGAUUUCGAUGGUCCAAAAGGUCCAAAAGGUCCAAAGGGUAAAGAUUUCGAUGGUCCAAAGGGUCCAAAGGGUAAAGAUUUCGAUGGUCCAAAAGGUCCCGGUCCUAAAGAUGGACCAAAAUUUCCCCCUAAAGCAAAAUAA